CAUAUUUUUAGUGCAAUCGAGCACAACUGAGAAUCACAAUUUGUAUACGAGUGCCGAGUGCCGCGUGCAGUUACUUUUAGUAGCUGCUGUAGCUGCCAGUUAGCCGCCAAAAUUCUCACCGCCAGCAGCAGCAGCAGUCACAACAUGAACUCCUACUUCGAACAGGCCUCCGGCUUCUACGGCCAUCCCCACCAGGCGACGGGCAUGUCCAUGGGCACGGGCGGUCAUCACGAUCAGACGACGGCCAGCGCGGCGGCGGCAGCUUACAGAGGCUUCCCCCUGUCGCUGGGCAUGUCACCGUAUGCCAACCACCAUCUGCAGCGCACCACACAGGACUCGCCGUACGAUGCGAGCAUCACGGCUGCCUGCAACAAGAUCUACGGCGAUGCGGGCAGCGCCUACAAGCAAGACUGCCUCAACAUAAAGGCGGACGCAGUCAAUGGCUACAAGGACAUCUGGAAUACGGGCGGUGCCAAUGGCGGAGGUGGCGGCGGUGGUGGUGCCACUGCUGGCAACACCUCCAAUGGCUCCCAAGCGCCCAACGCUGCCAACGGACAGAACAAUGCCGGCGGCGGCGGCGGAGGCGGUGGCAUGCCCGUUCGCCCAUCCGCCUGCACGCCGGACUCCCGCGUCGGCGGCUACUUGGACACAUCGGGCGGCAGCCCCGUCAGCCAUCGCGGCGGAGGCAGCGCUGGUGGCGGCAACGGCAGCGCCGGCGGCGUACCACAGAAUACCGCCAGUGGCGUGGGCGGCGGUGGUGUGGGCGCGGCCACAGCCUGGAAUGCCAACUGCACCAUCUCGGGCGCUGCGGCGGCCCAAACGGCAGCCGCCAGCAGUUUACACCAGGCCAGCAAUCACACCUUCUACCCCUGGAUGGCAAUCGCAGGUGAGUCCACGGCAGAUCCAACCAAAAGUAAGAUAAGAUCUGAUUUAACACAAUACGGCGGCAUAUCAACAGACAUGGGUAAGAGAUACUCAGAAUCUCUUGCGGGAUCACUUCUACCAGACUGGCUAGGCACAAAUGGGCUGAGGAGACGCGGCCGACAGACUUACACCCGCUACCAGACGCUCGAGCUGGAGAAGGAGUUCCACACGAAUCACUAUCUGACCCGCAGACGGAGAAUUGAGAUGGCGCACGCGCUGUGUUUGACAGAGCGACAGAUUAAGAUCUGGUUCCAGAACCGGCGGAUGAAGUUGAAAAAGGAGAUUCAGGCGAUCAAGGAGCUCAACGAGCAGGAGAAACAGGCGCAGGCGCAAAAGGCGGCGGCGGCAGCAGCUGCGGCGGCGGCGGUCCAAGGCGGGCAUUUAGAUCAGAAUUAGGUUGAAUUAUAUAACUGUACUGUGCUGCGUGCAGAGCAGAGCAAGAAAAUUGUAACAAAUAAAGUAAACCAUUUACUUAACUUAAAUGAAUAAUUGAAUAAUUGAUUAAUUGAU